CAAGUCCGCGUUUCAAAAAAAUUUACUUUCCUAUGCAACAAACCGCGCUCAAACGAGCGGGCUCAAACGUACGUUGUUCUUUCUCUGCUCCAAGCUUUUUCCCUUAAACAAAUAUCCAAACAAACCGUCGAACUCAGCCGUCGAACUCAGCCCUGCGUCGCCGUCGAACUCAGCCCUACGUCGCCGUCGAACCCAAGCGUUGCUCAGCCCUGCGUCGCUGUCUUCGCCGGUGUGUGGUGUUCUAGCCUCAUCUCCCCCAUCCCGUUCAAUUCUCGCGCGGCCUGUCACUGAAAGGUUAUAUUCUUGGUCGGCCGGGGGUUCAGCAUUUCCCCGUCGCGUCGUGGUUCCGGUGGUUGCUCGGCGUCGUGGUUCCGGUGGUUUUGCUAUGGUCCAAGACGAGCUUGUUUCUUCCAUUAAAGAUGCAGAGGAAGGACUUUUUCACCUAAAACGUGCCCGGCUGUUACGUGAAGUUGAUUCAGCUGUGCAGGACUCUAUAUAUUCCCAUAAAGACGCUGCGGUCGAGCUUAUAAAUCCAGCAAAGUUGGGUGGUUCCCAACUUCCGUGCGAAGACUUAGAGGUAGAACCAUUAGAUUCUACUAAUGUUGAGGCAGAAAUAUUGGGAGACCCAAGUUAUUUUAUUGGAUCAAAAUGUAGAUUCCGCCACACCGAUGGGCGUUGGUAUAAUGGUCAAAUUGUUCAGUUGGAUGGUUCUUCUUCCGCCAGAGUUUCUUUCCUCAAUCCAACGUCAGAGAAGAUGAUGCAAAAUGUAGACCCCUGAGUUCAAGCUAGUGGGGAUAGGGCAGAAGCAAUGUCAUUAUCAUUCGAGUGACAGAUCGAAGGAGACUGAUCAUAAGACUCUACGAAGGCUUGCUCAGAACUGUGAGGCAGCAAGGAAAAGCCGGCUGAGGA